AUGCAGCUGGCGGCCGUGCGCGGCGCGCUGCAGUGGCUGCGCGGCCUGCUGUCGGAGGAGUUCUUCGACGCGUGCGCCGCGCACCCGGGCGAGCGCAAGAACGACAAGAAUCUCUUCUGCGUCGACUGCGCCGCCGCGCUCUGCCGCCGCUGCCUCCCCCACGAGCCCGCCCACGACGUCCUCCAGAUUUGGAAAUACGCGUCCUGCUUCGUCGUGCGCGUCGACGACCUCAGGCUGUUCGACUGCGCCGGCAUCCAGUCGCACGCGGUGAGCGACCACGAGGUGGUGUUCCUGAACGAGCGCACGGCGAGGAAGCGCUCGGCGAGCGCGGAGAACCCCUGCGCGGCGUGCGCGCGCCCGCUAACGUCCGGCCACGACUACUGCUCUCUCUUCUGCAAGGUGAAGCAUCUGGGGGAGAGCGAGCACCGGCUGCGGCGCGCGCUGCGCGUUCGCCGGCAGGUGGAGGCUGCCGCGCCGGAGCCGCAUGGCGGGAAGCUGAUGCCAUCGCCGGCGUCGGACGCGGCGCCGAGCUGCGGCGGGUCGUUGCGGAAGCGGAGCCGGAAGCAGCCCGAGCCGGAACGGGCGCCGUUCUGUUGA